AUGCAAAGAGAUGGAACAGCGUGUGAUGGACAUGCUAAAAGAGAGCGUAUUCGCUGCAGAAAAACGAAGCCUGAAAGAGGCUUACUGGAUAAGUCGACAGGAAGCUGGUCGAACGUGAACGUGCGGUGUCAAAUACCGAGAGCAACAGGACGUCGUGGAAUCGAUGAACAUCGAUCUAACGUUCACCGUACUUUUCAAUUUGCUCAGCAGUAUAUGGCCAAUGAUAUGGCCAACGAAGCCCUCAACACUUAUCAGAUUAUUGUCAAGAAUAAAAUGUUCCCGAAUUCUGGUCGUCUGAAGGUCAAUAUUGGCAAUAUCUAUUUCAAGAAAAAGGAUUACAACAAGGCGAUAAAGUACUACCGUAUGGCCCUGGAUCAAGUGCCAAGCAUUCAAAAAGAGACAAGGAUAAAUAUUCUUAACAAUAUUGGUGUUGCAUUCAUCAAGAUGGGCAAAUACGACGAGGCAAUGUCUACAUUUGAACACUGCGUAGAAGAGAGGGCCGAUUUCAAGACGGCACUAAAUAUGGGUAAUUUUUGA